AUAGUCAUCCAAAGCUACUAUGUCACUGCAUGGUUUCUGAUCUCUAUUUGAAGUUGUUUUUCUCCAGAAGCUUCACCAUGACCUGGAAGGCAUGGACCUUCAUGCACUCUCUUGUUGGAAAUAAGAAUAUUGUCAUGAUGGGGCCUCCAGGUGCUGGAAAAACAACAGUAGGAAAAAUACUAGGUCAAAAGCUGGACUCUUGUUUCAUUGAUGUGGAUGAUGAUGUUCUUGAACCAACCUGGAAUAUGAGUGUGGCAGAAAAAUUAAAGAGCAUUGGGAAUGAACAGUUUAUAGAAGAAGAGGGAAAAGCCCUGUUAAACCUUUCAGCAUCUGGAAGUGUAGUGUCCCUUUCCGGAUCUAACCCAAUGAAUGCUGCUAGCAUGGAGCACGUGAAGAAAAAUGCAAUAGUGGUAUAUCUGGAUGUACCCACAGAAAGCAUAAUGGAUCGUUUGAAAUUAAUGAAGGUAGAUCAUAUUGUCGGCCAGGGUCAAGAAACAUCAUUAAGAGACAUUAUUCAGUUCAGGAAACAAUUUUAUCAAAAAUGGUAUGAUGUCCGUGUUCUCUGUGAAAAUGGGAUUACAGCAGAGAAUGUAGCAGACAAAGUGCUUCAUGCUGUUAAGAGGUAUCAAAAUUCUGAGUUGGAAUGCUUCAUUUCCACCCGUGGCAUUAAGGAGGACAAAUCAAGGAGUUUUGUAAAAUAUUUCAGUGAUGUUCUUAUUGAAGGUCUGGCCCCAGAUGGUGGGCUCUUUGUUCCUGAGUUGGGACUUCCAAAAUUCACUGGGGCAGAAUGGCAGCAUUUAUUAGGAGCGACUUACACCGAAAGAGCUCAGAUUAUAUUAGAAAGGUGCAUACAUCCUGAUGAUAUUCCUGCUUCCAAAUUGUGGGAAAUGAUUCAGAUGGCAUAUGGACAAAAUUUUAUGUGUUCUAAAAUUGCCCCAGUUAGACAUCUGCAAGGGAAUCAGUUUCUUUUGGAGCUGUUUCAUGGACCAACGGCUUCAUUUAAAGAUUUGGCUUUGCAGUUACUGCCCCAUCUGUUUGCAUACUGCAUUCCCCAAAGCUGCAAUUACUUGAUCUUGGUAGCAACUUCUGGUGAUACAGGAAGUGCAGUUCUGAAUGGCUUUGGUCAACUUAAAGAGACUGAUAAGCAAAGAAUUGGUGUGAUCACAUUCUUUCCUCAUGAUGGAGUUAGCCAGAUACAGAAAUUCCACAUGAUCAGCUGCCAAGAAGCCAACACAAAAGCCAUAGGGGUCCAGGCUGAUUUUGAUUUUUGCCAGGCUGCCAUCAAACAAAUGUUUACCAAUUCAGAUUUUACUGGCUUUCUCACAGUGGAAUAUGGAACAGCGUUAAGUGCUGCAAAUUCUAUCAACUGGGCACGCUUGCUUCCCCAGGUGGUUUAUCAUGCAUCAGCUUAUCUGAACCUUAUUGAACAAGGUGUUAUUUCAUUUGGGAACCCCAUAGAUGUCUGCAUUCCCACAGGUAACUUUGGCAACAUACUAGCUGCGAUAUAUGCAAAAGUCAUGGGGAUCCCCAUUCGGAAAUGUAUCUGUGCUUCCAAUCAAAACAAUGUCUUGACUUCAUUUUUAAAAACUGGCUUGUAUGAUUUACAAGGAAGGCAAUUAAUGCCAAGCUUGUCGCCAGCAAUAGACAUUUUGAAGUCUUCCAACCUUGAACGUUAUUUACACCUGAUUGCUAAUGGUGAUGGGCAGCUGGUGACACAGUUACUUCUCAGUCUGGAAAACCAGCAGCGCUUUCAGUUGCAGGAAGAGCUCCUGCAAAAGCUUCAACAGGACUUAGUAGCUGAUUGGUGCUCUGAGGAAGACUGCCUGGGUGCCAUACACUCUGUGUUCAACACUACAGGGUACAUUCUGGAUCCACACACAGCUGUUGCCAAAGUGGUUGCAGAUCGACUUCAAGACAAAACUUGCCCCGUUAUCAUUUCUUCUACUGCUCAUUAUUCCAAGUUUGCACCUGCUAUUCUACAGGCACUGAGGAUUGGGGAAAUAAAACAGACUCCAUUAAGUCAGCUUCAAUUGUUAAACUCAUAUAACCCUUUGCCUCCAGUCCAUGGGGGCCUAUUAGAGAUGUUGCGAAAGAAUGAAAAACCAAAGUAUGAGAUUUGUGCUGCUAACGUGAAUGUCCUUAUGGAACAUGUGGAAAGCUUAAUACAAAAUCGCUUCAUGAAGGUUUUCUAACUGCAAGAUGCUUGGUGGUGCUGAC